AGACUUUUAUUUUGUUAGUUGUUUAGAAUUUCCGGCAACAUGGAAGCGGUGGUGGCUGAUGUCGUAGCUCCGGAGGAUUUACUGAGGUUCGAGAAAAAAUACAAAUCGGAACUGUCGAAGGGAGCCGUGUCUAAAGACACCAAAUUUGAGUAUGCAUGGUGUUUGGUCAGAAGUAAAUAUACAAACGACAUAAAGAAAGGGAUUGUGCUAUUGGAGGAGCUGGUACAGAAGAGCUCAAAGGAUGACCAGAGAGAUUAUCUGUUUUAUUUGGCUGUUGCAAACUACAAACUUAAGGAUUAUGAGAGAGCCCUAAAGUACGUUCGCAUUUUGCUUCAGAAUGAACCUGGAAAUAAGCAGGCCAGUGAGUUGGAAAAACUCAUCGAACAGGCACUAAAGAAAGACGGCCUGGUUGGCAUGGCUAUUGUCGGAGGCAUCGGCUUGGGUGUGGCAGGAUUAGCAGGACUGAUUGGGUUGGCUGUGGCCAAAUCUGGGAAGUCCUAAUAAUGAAGAGAGCUUUUGUGGCUUCAAAAGAACAAGAUUGGCUAAUUAAACAAGAAUUACUCAUCUUUUCUUUGUUGAUUUCUGGUCUGUUUAUUUUUUCCUUUUUUUUUUUUUCUUUUUUUUUACUUGCACCAAUUAAUCACAGAAUCACUUUUACAAAGUAGCCUCAUUUUAAUUUUUUUUUUUUUUUUGUGCUUAUAUAUUAAACUCUUUGGGUGAAAUAUUGA